UUAGCAUGUGUAUUAAUGUACGAAAGUAUCAAGACUAAGCCCAAGUCCAUAGAAGUUCUUCUUGGAUUCUCACUUGACAUUUUCUCUACAGUGUACCCUCUUCCCAAACUUUAUGUCAAGCUUCACUACUGUGUUAGCUGUGCAAUCCACUCUAAGGUCGUCAGGAAUCGCUCCAAGGAAAACAGGAAGAUCAGGGUCCCGCCUCCAAGGUUCCCACGCAGGCCUGACAAUCCCCAGGGACAACGUCCAGGAGGUGUUGGACCGCGUCAAACUACUGCAGCAUAAAAUUGCCUGUAGUUGAAUCCAAAGGGAUCAUAUAAUUAAAAGAAACUUACAUUAAAACU